AUGAGUGAGUUUUUGGAUAUACCGUACCCAAUGGCUGAUAAUAUGACUGAUUUAGACACGUUGAUAGACGAAAGGAUAAAUUCAUUAAUCAAGAAGGUAUUCCAAGAGACAUCGCCUUCACUUACAAGGACGGCUCAGAGAGGUUCAGGAGGAGGUAGUGGCUCUGUUGACGAUAGGAUCAAGACUGGUCAAGUUAUGAUCCAAUUCUAUGACGUAAUGAAGAAACAGAAAAGGAAAAGUGGAUGGUUCGGACUGACGAAAGAAGAAAAUGAAGAGCAAAAGAUAUGGGAAUCUUGGAUAAUUAAUGUCAAUUGCAUUCCGAUCGAUGAGAAAUCAAGUGGCAAUGGUGGGAAUAACCAGCAGCUGCUACAGCAACAGUCAAAGAAUGAUGCGGACACCAGUAGCAGAUCUUCUGCUAUAGAUAUAUCUAUAACAUCGUUUGAGGAAAAUCUUCACACAAUAAUCGAUAUUGCUGAUGCUCACAAGGACCAUAUCCCACCCAUAAUGUCAUUGGAAAGCUCUCCUUUUCCCUACAGUAUAGAUGUGGGAGAAACGAUAUCAAGGGGAGCGAAUUAUACUACUACUGAGGAAGAGAGUUGGGGAAAGUACAUCAAGAAAAUGUUGGAUUGA